AUGAACACUUUCAAGGUUUCCGCAAUCCUCCUCGCUCUUAUUGCUGCAGCAUCGGCAAAGUCCAUAGUCGUUCGCCAAGCCGGCGAUAACGCCUACGGGGAUGAACCAGCUGUCGCUACAUCCGCUCCAUACGGAGGUGAGGCUGCUGAAGAAACUACUAUCAUUCCCACCGAAGAGGAACCACAGCCCGUUGAAAACGAGAACGCUCCAGCCGAAGGAGGAGUGGUCGACUCCGGAUAUCGGUCAAAGAGAGAAGCUGGAGACAACUCGUACGGUGACGAGCCAGCUCCAGUUACUCCCGCUUACGAGGAAGCUGAAGUGACCACAUUCGAACCUGCUCCAGAGGAGGAAGCGGCGUCGGUGCCAAGCGAGCCCGUAGCUUCAGAGCCUGCCGUUGAGGAGUCAGGAUACCGAGCUUAA